GAUUGUUACUUCUCGAUUUGGCUUUUGCUGAAAAAUCAUUCUCGUUUUGAACGUGAUCGCGGUAGGAAGUGCUUCACAAAUCGCUCCCUUUCAUUAAACAAAGACUUACGAGAAAUUUAUACUCGGAAUUUCUUUUUCUUUAAUAAACUGUGAGAAUCCAUUGUGUAUUAGUUUUUCUUUUUUUUUGACGAUUAAAGAGUCGAGAGAAAUAGGUUAUUGUUUAUGAACACAAAAAAAACAACAUAAAUGUAAACUUAACAGUUUUCCAGCACGAACAAAAGUGAAAAGUAUUACAAAUUGCUUCGAAAAUUAGAAGAUGCCAAGUGAAAGAAAAAGAACAUUUAAUUAAUUUAAAUCUUUAUGAAAUUAAACUGCAAUGAACCCGUCAUAAGGAGACGAAGAGAAGAAGAGAAAAACGAAUGAACUUUUGUGAACUAUUUUGUCGUUCUUCUUACACACAACUUAAGUAUAUGGGAGAUGUUCCUGAGAUUCUUUUUUUUGUAACUUGAAACAUUUAUAAGAAAGAAAACAAUUAAACAAAAUAUCUAUCUACACAAAUACUUUAAAAAUAAAGAGUGGAAAGUCUUAUUUGAAGCAAGGCCACCAGAUAGUUAACGUGUUUAUUGAACGUGUGGUUUUUGCAGUUUUUUUUUGUGUUGUUUUGUUUGAAGUAAAUAGUCUUCAGUCGUCACACAAAACAACAUUAAAUAUAUGUAAUAAAAAUAAAAAGAGACUCUUUUACGGAAUCCAUUUCGCAAAAUUAAAUUGCAUAAGCGUACGUGCACAGGAUAAAAGGAAAAACUUAAAGCUUUUGAAAACAGAGAAACAUAAUUUACAAUUAUUAUAAGAAACAAACAAAAAAAAGAAAGAAAAAAAUAUUUAUAAAAAUAACACCAACAUGACCUUACCGGAGACUGUCGAGCACCAUUAUAAUAAUCAAGAUGAGCAUGCAGAAGACGAAGCUUUGUCGGACGAUGAUGAUAUAUUUGGAUCGGCAAGGACAAUCUUACGUCGAACAAAAAACAAAAUUUCUAUGAUUUCCAAUGAGCUUCGCUUGAGGGAAAAACGAAAGAGAGUUUUGCAGCUUUGUCUACGGAAGCUUGAGCGCAUCAAAGAUUCGGAAAACAAUCUUAGACGCUCGGUAUGCAUACAUAAUACCUUCUCUCGCUUAACGGCUGAUAUCAAAAGAGACAAAGAAAGGGGACAGAAUAGAAAUUACCAACAACAACAGCAGCAGCAGCCAAGUUACAAAUCCCAAAUAAAAAGUCAAGUUAUGCCAAAGAAGGUUGAAAAAUUGGAUUUCGAUAAUCUUGAGGAACUCUGUUCGAUAGACGACAACAGCAUACCAUGGGAUCCAAUACUUAAAAACUCGGAAGAAAUCGAGGCCGCAUCGCGAAAACGAAAGGCUGAAGUCGAAAAAGCUUUGUUGUCUUAUCAUCAGUUGGAGAAGAGACUCAAAUCUGACAUUAGCAAUGCUGUUAUAGACGCAUUUCAAUUCAAAGACUCUUUCCAUGACGAAGGUCAUAACGACUUAACUAAUUUAAAUAUACAACAAUGCAACAAUGGCAUUUCCACUAGCAACAACAACAGUAACAUAAACAAUAAUAAUUUUCUUAAUAGUUUUCAAUCUAAUAUGUGUAGUAAAGCAGCAGCUCUUGACUCAUCAUCCAACGGAAUAUUUCAGUCUCUGGUUAUAAAAUCGCUCGAAACAUGAGGCGAGUGAGAGAAUGAGAAUGGGUUAACAGUUUAAAGUUAAUGAAUUUUACUUUUUCCUUCUUUAUGCUUUUUUUAUGAUUAUUUCUUUAUUGUACAAACGAACUAGGUAUGUACAUGAACGAAUAUGCAUCACUUAGAAGAUGAUGAGUAGUACUUGCAAGUGUCUCUUUCAAAAUAAACAAUUAGAAAUUGUUAUUUGACACAAGCACAAAACAAUUAUGAAAAAUUGAAACUUUUGAAGUGAAAGGCAUUUUCAAGUGUAGUGAAAACUCGAAAGAAAAAAAAAAUAAAGAAAAUGUUUUAUUUAAUCUAUCUACACCUUUGAAAAAGCUUCAAAUACACUCAUACACACAAAAAUGCACAUUCAACUAUUUAUAUGUAAGAAAUGAAAACAAAAUUCAUUAAUGUUUUAUAUAACGCUUCUCUUGAGUAGAUAUAUUGUAAAACAUUGAACAGCUUCUUUACAAAUUAAUUUUUUUUCGGUACCCGAUGAAGAAAAAAUGAAAACAAAAAUUUGUUACUUCUGUGAUAAAGCGGAUACGGAAGAAAGGUUGAAAGCAAAGUCAGCUUGAGACAAAAGUGUAAUCUUUUAGAAGAUAUUUUUUUAAUGUAAAAGUUUAGGAAGAAAUAAUUUUCUUCUUAAGUAGGAUUUUUUGCUUUUUCCUUGCGCUGUCAAAUUCACGCCUCUCGCCUUUUAUCAAGAGUUAGAAUUUAAAUUUUUUAGUUGAAUUUUAAUUUUAAAUUAAUCUUUAUUCCCAAGAACUUAGACCUCAUUAAUUUUUUUGUUUUUUAUUAAAAAAAUAUUGUACAUUUAUAAGUUUUUCAUUAUACUAUUUGUUAAUCAAAUCAAAGAUAUAUUUCCAAUGCAUUAUAAGUAUUUUAGAAUGUAUCAUGAAUAAAAUAAAGUUGUGCGAAUAGAAAAC